AUGAGGAGAAGUGCGAGUGUGGGGGGAGGACUGUGUGAUGAUGGCCGUGCUGGUGUGGCUGGCACGAGUGAUGUUGGUGGUGGGAAUGGUAUGGGUGGUAUGGGUGGUAUGGGUGGUAUGGGUGGUGUGGGUGGUGGGGAUGUUAUGGUUGGUAUGGGUGGUGGGGAUGUUAUGGGUGGUAUGGGUGGUAUGGGUGUUGGUGCUGGCAUGGCUGGUGGUUCUAAUGUUGCAUCUCAUGAGCAGCAGCAGCAGCAGCAGCAGCAGCAUGUAAAGCACCCCCUUUUGCGUUCUCGUAUGGGUCAACCUCUGGGUGAUUCCACAGAGAUGGGCAAUGAUGAUUCACAGGGGUUUGCCUUGAGGAGACGUGCGAGUGUGGGGGGAGGAGAGUGUAAUGAUGGCCGUGCUGACGUGCCUUGUGUGGCUGCGACGAGUGGUGUUGGCAUGCAUGGUAUGGGUGGUGGGGAUGGCAUGGGUGGUGGGGAUGGGUUGGGUGGUGGGGAUGGUAUGGAUGGUGGGGAUGGUAUGGAUGGAGGGGAUGGUAUGGGUGGUGGGGUUUGUAUGAGUGUUGGUGCUGGCAUGGCUGGUCGUUCCGCUAGGUUUCCUGUGAUAUGUUGGAGUGGCACUGAGAUGAACAACACUCUAGCUAAUGCGGCAACCGGAGCUGUGGGAAGCGGUGGUGUGGGAAGUGGUGGUGUGGGAAGUGAUGGAGUGCGACGAGAUGGAGUGGGGAGCGGUGGAAUAAGGAGCAACUUGAUGUGGGACAGGAGUGCCAAUAAGGGGAGUGACAGCACCGAAUGGGGAGAUGCAGCCAUGGGGGGUAGGGCACUCUCGUGUGGAGCUUGGGGGGGUGGAGUUUUGAAGAGUGGAGCGUUGCGGAGUGGAUUGGUGGGAGCAGGGGCUAUGGGGGGGAAAGACUUGCGUGCUGAAGCUGUGCAAUCCAGUGCUCUGCCGGCUGGCGCGGUGCAGACAGGAUUGCAGGCUGGCGCUGUGCAGACAGGAUUGCAGGCUGGCGCUGUGCAGACAGGAUUGCAGGCUGGCGCUGUGCAGACAGGAUUGCAGGCUGGCGCUGUGCAGACAGGAUUGCAGGCUGGCGCUGUGCAGACAGGAUUGCAGGCUGGCGCUGUGCAGACAGGAUUGCAGGCUGGCGCUGUGCAGACAGGAUUGCAGGCUGGCGCUGUGCAGACAGGAUUGCAGGCUGGCGCUGUGCAGACAGGAUUGCAGGCUGGCGCUGUGCAGACAGGAUUGCAGGCUGGCGCUGUGCAGACAGGAUUGCAGGCUGGCGCUGUGCAGACAGGAUUGCAGGCUGGCGCUGUGCAGACAGGAUUGCAGGCUGGCGCUGCUGUUGGUGCACGCAGCACCGCUCGUGCAUGGCAGCAGAUACCUUCUCCAAGGAAACGCCCCAGAGACGCUGCAGGUAUGGUGGAGGACUGGCUGGGUGAGGCCCGCUUGGGGCUUCGUGCUGCAGAGCCUAUUCCCAGUGCCCGUGCUGGUGCAGAGAAGCAGCAGCUUCUUCGUGAGGCACCUCAACAACAGGAGCCUGUUUUCGAGGUACCUCAACAACAGGAGCCUGUUUUCGAGGUACCUCAACAACAGGAGCCUGUUUUCGAGGUACCUCAACAACAGGAGCCUGUUUUCGAGGUACCUCAACAACAGGACGAGCUAGGUGCGCUUCCCUUGGGGCUUCGUGUUGCAGAGCCUAUUCCCAGUGCCCGUGCUGGGGCAGGGAAGCAGGAGCCUGUUUUCGAGGUGCGCCAGAAGCAGGACGGGCUGGUUGAGGUUCCCUUUGGGCUUCGUGCCGCGGAGAUUCCUUGCAGUUCUCGUGAGGCCGGUGCUGCAGAGAAGCAGGAGCGAGAAGCUUUACGGGAUAGCCUGCAAGACACUAAUAGAUUCCUCCAGCACCAGCAGUCAGCCCUUGGGCAUGCGAGGGGAGCUGAUGCGGUAAACAAUGCUUUGGGAAGCGGUGCUGUGGGAAGCAGUGCUGUGAAAAGUGGUGCUGCGGGAAGUGGUGGUGUGGGGAGCGGUGGAAUGCGGAGCAACUUGAUGUGGGGCAGGAGUGCCAUGAUGGGGAGUGACAGCACCGAAUGGCCAGAUGCUCUCACGGGAGGAAGAUCCCUCCAGGGUAGAGCUUUGGCAGGUGUGGCGUUGGCGGGUGGUGCUUCACGGAACCAAGUUUUGGGGACUGCAGCUUUGGGGGGUGGAGCUUUGGGGGGUGGAGCUUUGGGGGGUGGAGCUUCGGGGGGUGGAGCUUCGGGGGGUGGAGCUUCGGGGGGUGCAGCUUCGGGGGGUGCAGCUUUUGGUGGUGGAGGUUGGCGGAUUGGAUCCUUGGGAGCUGGUGUUCUAGGGGCAGGAGACAUGCAUGCUAGUGCUAUGCAAUCGGGUGCUGCAGUUGGCGCUGCAGUUGGCACACACAGCGCCUCUCACAGAUGGCAGCAGCAGGUCCCAUCCCCCCGGAAACGCCUCAGGGACACUGCAGGCAUGGUGGGGGAGCGGUUGGGUGCCGAUCCUUUGGGGCUCUGUGGCACAGAGUCUAUUCCCGGGCCUAUUCCCAGUGCUCAUGGGGAGAAGCAGCAGCUUGUUCUUGAGGCGCCCCAAAGACAGGACUGGCUGGGUGUGGUCCCCUUGGGGCUCGUGCUUUCCACAGUGCCUAUUCCUGGUGCUCGUGCUGCUACAGUGAAGCAGGAGGGGUCGGUGGCAGGGGAAAUCCUAGGUGUGUGUGGACCAAGCCAGCAGUACCCGGCGUCUUCACUGCUGUCCCCUUUACUUAUAUCUGCGCACCCCGCUGCUGCUGGCACUCGUGCUGUUGCUGCUGCAGAGAAAGAGUGGCAGGUGGUGGCAGGAGCAGGGCUGGGAGAGAGUAGAGCAAGCCAGCAGCGCCAGGCACAGGCGCCACUCUCCCCCUUGCCUCAAUCCACUCAACCCAUCGGUGCUGGCACUCGUGACGGGCCCAAGAGGCAGCAGCAGGAGCGAGAGGCUUCAGGGGAGAGCCCAAGGGGCAUUGGAAGAGUCCAGAAGCACCUGGCACAGGCGCCACUCUCCUCCGUGCCUCAAUCCACAGGCCCUACCGGUGCUGGUGGUGGUGGUGCUGCUGCUGCUGCAGAGAAGCAGGAGCAGGAAAUCUCAGGGGAAAGCCCAAGGGGCAUUGAAAGGUUCCUCCAGCAGCAAACAUUGUUGGCCCCACCCCCAGUCGUGGAGCGCAGGAGGGGUCAGAUUAACCCAAAGCCACUCUUAUCCCCUGAUAGUGCCAGGGGUUACCACUGGCAGCACCAACUGUCAAUUUCCCCUAACAGUAGCGAGUGUUACUGGCAGCACCAGCCAUCACGCUCCCCUGAAAGUGAGAGUGCAAGGAGUUACCGCAACCAGCCGUCACAUUCCCCCGAGGAUGAGAGUGCAAAGAGUUAUCGGCUCCACCCAUCAGGCUCGCCGGACUUGAGCUCUUUCCAGCGCAUCACCCUCGUCAGCCUGCCUCGCUCCUCCGCCAUUCAACCCCCUUGCUCCAGUUCUCCCCUUUCCAACACUCCUCAUACGGUCGACUCAGUCCUCCUCCCAGCGAGCCUCUCCCCUCCAACAUGCCCCCCCACUACACCGUGCCUCCUCCCUCUGACGUACCUCCACUGUCUGACAUCCCACCUGCCCCCAACAUCCCUGCAGCCACCCACAUUCCCAGCAGCACGAGCUCUCCUUUGCUAG